CGCCGCGCCCGGCACAGACGCGGGGCGGCGGUCCACGGGAGAGCGGGGCAGCGCGGAGCGGGCUCCAGCCACAGUCCCUCCCUGCGGCGCAGUGCGAGGAUGAGCGGCGGGGCUGGAGGCGAGCUGGCGGGCGCCAUCAGCAGCGCGCUGCCCGCCAUCCCCUCCAGCAAGCUGCCGGACCUGCGCUUCCUCAGCCGCGGCGCCUACGGCACUGUGUCCGCCGCCCGCCACGCCGACUGGAGGGUCCCGGUGGCCCUCAAGUGCCUGCAGGGGCCGCUGCUAGACAGUGAUAGAAACCACCUUCUAAAAGAAGCAGAGAUAUUGCACAAAGCCAGGUUUAGUUACAUUCUGCCAAUUUUGGGAAUUUGCAAUGAGCCUGACUUCCUGGGGAUUGUAACAGAAUACAUGGCAAAUGGAUCGCUGAACCAGCUUUUACACGGGAAAGAUAUGUAUCCUGACAUUGCCUGGUGCCUGAGAUACCGCAUUCUUUACGAAAUUGCUUUGGGAGUGAACUAUUUGCACAACAUGAAUCCUCCAUUGUUGCACCAUGACUUGAAAACCCAGAAUAUUUUAUUGGAUGAUGAGUUUCAUGUCAAGAUUGCAGAUUUUGGCAUGUCAAAAUGGCGUGUCAUAUCCAUGUCACAGUCACGCAGUGAAACUUCCUUACCAGAAGGAGGGACCAUUGUCUACAUGCCCCCUGAAGAUUACAAUCCCAGUCAGAAAACUCGGGCAAGUGUGAAACACGAUAUCUACAGUUUUGCGAUUAUUAUAUGGGAAGUGAUGUCAAGGAAGCACCCAUUUGAAGAAGUUAUAAACCCCUUGCAGAUAAUGUAUAGUGUGUCACAAGGACAGCGACUAGACUUAAGUGAAACGAGCUUAUCAAUGGACAUUCCACAUCGAGCUCUUGUUGUAAGAUUGAUAGAAAGUGGAUGGGCACAAAACCCAGAUGAAAGACCAUCAUUCUUAAAAUGUUUAAUAGACCUUGAACCAGUGCUGAGAACAUUUGAUGAAAUAGCUAUCCUGGAAGCAGUAAUUCUGUUAAAGAGAUCAAAGUCGCAGUAUGAAUCGCAAUGUAUCCAUAGGAGUGGAAAAAAAGCGGUUGUGGAGAAAACAUCUCUAAAUAUACCACUGAAUCCUCAAGAGGAAACAUCUGCUUCCAUAGGCUGUGAUGCACUUCCUCUUCGGAGUAUCUCUCCGGAUAUAUCACGACUCAAAUCUCUUCCCCAGUGUAAUAUCCUCUCAUCAGAUGGAAAUUCUUGCGGUCUACACUCUCUCAGCUGUCAGAGUGUGGAUGAAAAUCUCUCUGUAACUCAAAGCGCCAAACCUUUUGUGCAUCCAUACAGUUACCUUCCCUCAUCUGACAAGAAUAUUUCAGUUGCUUCAAAUUCAUCACGUGUGCUGCAGACAUCACCGAUUUCCUCAGAUUUUGUUUUGGAAACCAUACAACAGAAUGUAGCUCAUCAAUGGAUCCAAAGUAAGAGAGAAGAAAUUAUUGAUCAGAUGACUGAGGCAUGUUUAAAUCAGUCACUGGAUGCUCUUCUAUCAAGAUUUUUACUCAUGAAAGAAGACUAUGAACUUAUAAGCACCAAACCUACAAGGACAUCAAAAGUCCGACAACUACUUGAUACCUCAGAUAGCCAAGGAGAGGAAUUUGCCAGAAUUAUAAUACAGAAGUUGAAAGAUAACAAACAGCUAGGACUUCAACCUUAUCCGGACAUUGUAUUUAAUUCUCUAAGACUGCAUCUUUAAAUGUAUUUGUUUCUGUUUGAAGCCAUGUGAAUAUUUCUUAAUACGCAACUCUUUGUUUCUACAUAGUAAUUUUAUAUCUGUACUGCUUUGUCUUUACUACAAAUUGGUAGAAUCUCAAACAAAGACACUGGGUUCAUCGAGACUGCAUUUGGUGAGUUACCAGUUGGAGUUUAGUCGGAAAGCCAAAAACUUGACACUGGUGGACUGAUUUUAUACAAGUAUUUUGUUUAUAUGUGACAAAGAAAAAUCAUUAAAUUAUACCUGUUUUACAUA